CUGAUGAAAUGCUCACAUUAUUUUAUAUUAGAUCUAAUGUGCAACGUGUUGACAAUAAGUUAGAGUUGAAUGCAUGACUAUGUGGAGCUGAAACUGUCCCACAACAAACUCCAGCAAGAGGAAUAAAUGAAUUUCCUAGAAGCAGCAUAUUUUUGCAGUGAUAAGAAGUUUGGGGACUUGUGUGGGCUCCUGCACACAUUUCCACAGCAGUUGACCAGCAGUGUUUGGCCGCUGCAGUCUAAUUGAUCAGACGGGGUGUGAAUGGCUGCUCUCUGGCAGCCAAUGGCAGCCUGAAUGGCUGAGCACCGGAUGCGAGAUAUCCGCUGCAACAACAAGCGCUCUGUUCCCCCUUCAGCUUGACGCCAUUUACAGCCCAAAUCCCGACCUCCUCUCCGGAAAGAGCGAAAAAAAAAAAAAAAAAAAAAACACCCCCACGAGAAAAAGUACUUGCAACCCCUCUGAGCCCCGCGGAUUAAACGCACCGAAUUGAAACUACUACUUUUGCUGGAGUUUGGUAAAUUCGUUUCUUUUUCUGUUCUGCUCUUUUUUUUUUUUUUUUUUUUUUUUUUUUUUUUGCUCGUUGCAAAGAGGAAAAGAAAGUGGGAGUCAAGCAAAGUGAUUGAUUGUGUUUUUUCGUCUGUUUUAAUGCCUCGUGCUCUUGCGCAAAACAUGGGAUUUAACGCUGCGUCUUAGCGUCGCUUUUUUUUUUUUUUUUUUUUUUUUUUUUUAUGAAACUGCGCUCCGGUUGGAAACUUUCUCAAUGGAUUUUACCGACGGCUUUCCUGACUGACUUGUUGAUGCGGAGGGGAGAGUGAACUCUUUCGGAAACUGGAUUAAUUUCACCUAAACGGGGGUUAAAGUGUCGAAAGCGCACGGACUUCAGAUGUGUCCCAUGCCAGCCAGAGAGACCCUUCACUCCCGAGAUGGAUUCCAGAAGUCAGAACGACAGCGAUGGGGGAGGACACCACAGGUGGUCACCGUCAUCGACUGGCUCGCUGGGUACAGUGCAUGACGAAGGGAGGCCACAACCAAGGCCUUCCCAAACCCACGAUGUUCCGCCAGAUCCGGGGUUACUCAACGGGCAGCCGCCUCAGUCUAACGUAGUGCUAUCUCUGGAUCAGAUUAGAAUAACUGGGAGUAGUAAUGAGUACACAGAAGGGCCCACAGUGGCCCAGCGGUCUCCGGCCUCUCAAGAUAGGAAACAGAAAAAUGACUUGGUUACGUCACCAGCUUCAAGGACCGGUGGGCAGCAGGAGACUGCAGAAGAGAGGCCUAAUAAUCUGCGCAACCUGCAUUCAUUGACUCUUGAAAACACACACACUUCCAUCUCUGUCAGGGAGGGAGUGUUGCGGUCCUCCAGCGCAGAGGAAUCCCAGAGCAGCAUCAGGUCCAGCUUGGUGAGCUCUUCAUCAGGACAGAGGCUCCUCAACAGCCCGACAGGCAGCGAGCAGCUCAUCAGAAGCCAACCGAAACGCCUCGAGCUAAAUUCGGAGGAGCUGAAGCCCCUGAACGAUGAGUCCAGGUUGGUGCAGGCCGUGCCGGGCAGCGGAGAUCGUCCGAUUUUGGAUAAGCACUCCAACAAGUGCGAGGACUGCGGUCGGUGCCGGUGCUCCGAGUGCGUGCGGCCUAGAGGACUUCCCUCCUGCUGGAUGUGCGGCCGUCGCUGCAUGUGCUCGAUGCAGAGCGCGAUGGAGUACGGGACGUGCGUGUGCUGUAUCAAGGGGCUUUUCUACCACUGCUCCAGUGACGAUGAGGACACAUGCGCCGACAAGCCCUUCUCGUGCUCGCAGUCGCACUGCUGCGUUCGCUGGACCACGGUGUCGCUUCUCUCCGUGUUCUUCCCCUGUCUGCUGUGCUACCUCCCGGCUAAAGGAUGUGUCGCUGUGUGCCAGAGCUGCUAUGACCGAGUCACGCGACCCGGCUGUCGGUGCAAGAACACAAACCCUGUCCACGGUGAGGGCCCUGGCAAGCCAACGUAAACACGAUGGGUGUGUUUGUGUGUGGAAAUGUAAAAGGAUGGAAGGACUCUAUGUUGACUGAACUGAUCGAUGUUUGGCCCUGUUAGUUCUGUAGUGGAAAGGUUUAAAUAGAAAGCUAAUAAUGCUGUUGUGUUUGAGUUUUUGUUGUAUCUUAUCUUCAUGCCUACCCGUUAAAAUUUGCCUCAAGUUGUCACCAUUUAAAGCAGGUUGACAACAGUUCCUAAGUGCCAGAGGUGCGUUCACUUACCCCAGCAUUACUGGUAACACUUGAAAGGUUAACCAAAAGAAGCGCUCCACAUAUUCAAGUGUAUGAAGACGUAUUCAACUACUGUUUUGUCCUGGAAAAAAAAAAAAGCUUAACUCAAGUGCCCAGAUAUUGUCUUGUUGCUAUGGGCGUCCAAAAGGAUAGCCAUUUUUUUUUUAACCUUUAAUAUACUUAUAUGCUAAGUACAGAAGCCUGUUACUAACUGUAUGUAAAGUAGUAAGUGCAAAAGGUAUACAAAUUAGAACAUGAGUUUGAAAGAUGUUUUAUUUUUGUACAUAUAAUAAUACUUCAACUGUGAAAGUUUUCUGCCAUACCAGAGGCACCUUGAUAAAUCCACAUUUAUAUGAAUCAGUAAAGUUUAUUCAUACAAUGUUUUACAUUCACUGGAAUGUAUAUCAAUCAUUUAAUGUAAUUUACAAAGGAAAAUCUUAUCCCUUCUACUUGUAAAUUGUACAGUGACCUUAUAUGAAAAUUUAUUUUCUAAUUCCAACAUUGCUUAGUGUAAAGUUAAAAGUAUAUAUUUAUUUGAAGGUUUAUUAUUUUAUAAUGAAAAUAUUUAUUUUGAGAAAGCAUUGUUAAUGUGUCACCCUUUUGGGCUUUUCUGUAGUCGCUGCAGACUGGAGGUGACUUUAGGAGUGUCAAAGCUGAGCUGGAUGGAUAGUUCACUAUGAAUUAGAAGACAAAUAUAUUAACGUUUUGAAAUUAAACAACCUUGAAGUCUGA